AUGGGUAAUAUCCUGGUAAGUGGAGGUAUACUGGACGGGAGUUUGUCAGGACUUGCAGUGGUGGUGGGAUGGUUCAGUAUUGUAAUAUUGCUCAUUGUGCGAUGGAUUGUAGAGGAGGUUUGGGCUGUGAGUGGAGUUUAAUCUUGUUGUUUUAGCCGUUUGGAACAGUACAGUCAAAGAAUCGUAUUAGAAAUAAUGAAGUCAGAAGGCAGAAACGGUUCAACGAUGCCAAGUUGAAGGUGGAAGAUAUUGGUGAAGAUUUGAGAGACGAGAUUGUUGGACUGAACUUUCAGGAUUUGAGAGGUAAGUGUUUUUUGUUUAGUUUCACCUCUUUAGUUACAUACUGUAGGCAAAGGGAUUAUAGCUUCAAUUACAAUAUUAUUGAUUUAGAAAGUCUACAAGAAGGAAAGUACAAUGCCGUUACUGUGCUCAAAGCUUAUGCAUGGAAAGCGUUGAUUGAGAACGACAGGGUCAAUUGUUUGGCCGAGUUUCUGGUCGAAUCUUUUGAAAAAGCUGAGAAGUUGGAUGAACAAUAUGAAUAUUCUAACGAGAAGCCAGCUUUGUAUGGAAUACCUUUUAGCGUGAAAGGAAACUUCUUUGUGAGUUUUUAAAUAUUUUUUAUUUUAAAAAGGGAUAAACACAAUCUGCUGCAAUAUACUUUUAUUUUGUUUUUUCGGAACUAUAAUAAUGAUAAGUUGAAUUGUAAUUAUUAAUUGGCUUAUUUAUGACUUCAGAUGAAAGGAUACGACUGUACUUGUGGUUUGUCAAAGUUUUUAGAGAAUCCGAAAGAAGACACUUGCACAAUUGUGACAGCGUUGGAAGACCUCGGAGCUGUUCCAUUUGUUCUGACUAACGUCCCACAAGCUCUACUGUCAUUUGUAUGUUCUAAUCCUGUUUAUGGUACUACAAAGAACCCUUACAAUGUUAAUAGGUAUGAUUUGCAACUGUUAGAGAACAAUUUUAUGUACCAGCUUUAACCGUAUUAAUGGUUUGUAGAGUACCUGGAGGAUCUUCUGGCGGCGAAGCAGCUUUGUUGGCAUCUGGAGGCACUGCCUUUGCUACCGGAAGUGAUUUGGCUGGGAGUCUUCGUAUUCCUUCGACAAUGUGUGGACUGGUGUCAAUUAAACCAACUCAAGGUUUGUUUUAUUGUACUUAUGAUUGCUACUUUGGUCAAGACUUUAAUUUUUUUGAUUUGUGAGUAAUUUAAUGGAUAACUUUUUAAUUGAAACAUCAUUUUUAGAUAGAAUCACAGUAAGACACGCAUCACAAGGUGUUCCUGGCAGAGGUCGUAUGGCUUUGGCAUAUGGCUUCAUCACUAAAUCAGUAGAUGAACAGAUCUACUUGAUAGAUCAGGUGUUAGGACUAGAAUCAUUUCAUAAAAGUUGUCCUACAGCUGUGCCUAUGCCUCUGAAGAUGGACAUAAUUAAUGAGACGGCUAAUAAAAAGUUGAGGAUCGGCUACUUUAGCGAUGACGGAUUUUUGAAGCCUAGUACGGGGUCAGUUUUAUUUUAUAUAUGAUAAGCCUAGUUCGCGGUAAGUUCUGUUUUAUAUGUGAUCAGCCUAGUACUGGGUUAGUCGUAUUUUAUAUACGAUUUUAUUUUUGGCUUUUUUACCUACUUUAUUUUGAAGUUCACUCUAAACAAUGGUUUAUUUUUAGAUGCGAACGUGUUGUGGUUGAAACAGUAGAGAAACUGAAAGCUCAAGGACACGAACUUGUUCAUUUCCGUCUACCAAGACCUAAUCACGCUGCUGAAAUUUGCUAUAAGUCUAUUUUGACAGACGGAGGAACAUUCUUGUGCAACUUGUUCAGAGGAGAAGUUAUCGACCAGUAUAUGAGCAGCUUUGUUAGUCUCAUAAAAGUAAGUUUUUGCCGUAAACAAAGUUGUUAGUUGGUACUUUUUAAAAAUAUUCUCAAAACAUAAAUAACUAAAGAUCACAUUUUACAGAUACCAUUGCUACUCAGAACAUGGGCAGCUUUUGUUCUCGGCUUUAUCAGCCCUCAGGCACAAAUUCUAUCUAGAAGUUUUGUAAGAAACAUCGAAGAGCUUCGACAGAAUCAAGAACACGUUGAUUUAUAUCAAGAAGCUAUUAUUGACCAGUGGAAUGAGCUAGCUUUGGAUGCCAUUGUUUGUCCUGCCUUUUGCGUUCCAGCAGUCGAACACAAAUGGCCUAGCCUAUUAGGUGCUUGUGGGUUUGCUACAGCCUUCUGGAACAUGAUAAACUUUCCAUCUGGAGUGGUUCCGGCUGGCAAGUGGAACAAGGAAGACACCAAAGCUCUAGAGGAAUAUGAAACAGGUAAUCAAGGUUGUUUUAUGGUGUUUUGGGGUGGGAACGUAGACAUUGAUGACAUAAAAGAUACGGUAACACUUUUGACACUAUUUUUUGACAUAUUUUAACAUUACGGUUUAAUUAGGGUAUUCUUGCAUGGCAAAAAGUUAUUGUGAAAUCGGUUUUUGGCACAAGGUAAAAGUAUAUUAUUGUGUUCAAAUGGUAUGUUAUUAUCUAAAAGUUGUAAACAUAUGUAAUUAGGACCUUUUGUAUUUUCACGAUUGGAUUAUACUUUCCUAGGUUUGAAAUAUACGUACACAAAGGUCUAGUUACACCUCUGACAAUAGUAAUUUUCGGUUACAAAGGACUCAAUUAAAACAUAGUAUGCAAAUUACGGUAUUAUUGAGAUUAGAUAUAGCUUUUUUAACAAAGUAGUUUAUUGUGUUGUAAAAAUGUAAUCCCACUAAUUAUCAUCUGCCUUCAGGCAACAACUUUGUUCUGAAAUUCGUGAAACAAUCGUCCGCCGGCUCGGAGGGAUUACCGCUUUCGGUUCAGAUAGCCACGAAGCCAUACGAAGAGGAAAAGUGCUUGGCCAUAAUGAAGAUCGUAGAACAGUUAUGGAAGGAAUAA